CAUACUCGUAGCAAACCUCUUUGCUUCAAUCAUCCAGCUAUGGCCUAUGGCAAACGGGCAACCCUGUGCUACGAUUCGGACCCGACGGUUGGACGAGCUGGAGAAUCCUUUUAAGCGAGAACCAGGCCCUUUCUCUCGCUUUAGCAGAGGCACAAACAAAGUCUGUAUUCCCAAGCAAUGUAUCCAUCCGCCCCACCCGACGCGUAUAACAAGUACAGCGCCGGAGCUCCGCCGCCGGCACCGCAGCCGCCGGCACCCUACCAGCAGGCGAUGAACACCUCACGCCCCGGCGGCGGGCUGACGCGAUGGUCCACCGGCCUUUUCCACUGCAUGGACGACCCGGGAAACUGUCUCAUCACAUGCGUGUGUCCCUGCAUCACGUUUGGGCAGAUCGCUGACAUCGUGGACAAAGGCACCUGCCCAUGCCUAGCGAGCGGGACGGUUUACGCGCUCAUCUGCGCGUCGACGGCGAUGGGGUGCCUGUACUCGUGCUUCUACCGGUCCAAGCUGAGGGCUCAGUACGACCUGGACGAGGGGGAUUGCCCCGACUUCCUCGUCCAUUGCUGCUGCGAGUACUGCGCGCUUUGCCAGGAGUACCGUGAGCUCAAGAACCGCGGCUUCGACUUGGGGAUCGGUUGGUCUGCCAAUAUGGACAGGCAGAGGCGAGGCGUCACCGGAGGAGCGUCCGUGAUGGGGGCGCCGGCCAUGCCGGUCGGCAUGUUGAGGUAGAUGACGAUGGCGGGACGCGGAAUGGUGUGUGUUCUUGUGUUCUUAUGCUGCACUAUUUCCUCAUCUUUGUUGUCUUGGUUUUCGUUUGGAGACCACCGCCUAUUAAUUUCAUGUAUUGUCUGCUCCUAUUUA